AUGGCCUCUUUCCACCAUAGAUGUAGCUUGACAAUAUUCUUGAUAGUUGCAACACUAGCAAUCAUCGAUCGAGCAAAUGGCGCGGGCUAUGGUGCCACCCCUAGCGGCUUCCAAGCAACACCUUGGAAACUCGCUCAUGCCACGUUCUAUGGUGAUGAGACUGCUUCAGCUACAAUGGGUGGAGCUUGUGGAUAUGGAAAUUUGGUCACAUCAGGUUAUGGAACAGAUACAGCAGCAUUGAGCUCAGUGUUAUACAACAAGGGAUUUGCAUGUGGACAAUGUUACCAAAUAAAAUGUGCACAGUCAAAAUCUUGCUACUCAACAAUUGUCACAGUGACAGCAACAAAUCUCUGUCCACCAAAUCAGGCACAAGACAGUAACAAUGGUGGUUGGUGUAAUCCACCUAGAACACAUUUUGAUAUGGCUAAACCUGCUUUCAUGAAAAUUGCUCAAUGGAAAGCAGGAAUUGUCCCUGUUUCUUAUCGCAGGGUACCUUGUGUUAAAAAAGGUGGAAUCAAGUUUAGUUUACAAGGAAAUGGCUAUUGGUUAUUGGUAUAUGUGAUGAAUGUUGGUGGAGUUGGAGAUAUUGCAAGUAUGUGGGUGAAGGGAACAAAGACAAAUUGGUUAAGUAUGAGCCAUAAUUGGGGAGCUUCAUAUCAAGCAUUUGCAACUCUAAGUGGCCAAGCACUUUCUUUUAAAAUCACUUCCUACACAUCUCAUGAAACAAUCAUAGCUACUAAUGUUGCACCUUCUAAUUGGCAAGUAGGAAUGACUUAUCAAGCCAAUGUCAACUUCAAAUAA